AUGAAACUCACAACAACGACGACACGGUCGACAACGAAACUCACAACAACGACGACACGGUCGACAACGAAAACAACACAACCAACAACACGAUCGACAACAAGAAUAAUAGCAACACAAACAACAACAUUAACAGUAACAACAACAUCAACAACAGUAAUAACAAUAACAACAUCAACAACAAUGACAACAAUAACAUCAACAACAAUAAUAACAACGCGCUCAACAACAACAAUCCGUGAGUAG